CUCAUUCGCUUCAGAUCCAGAGAGGUUUGGAAUCUGGACUUGAAUGCUUGCCAUUGUUUCUAUGAAGAAUUUGCAAGCAACUAGACGGUGUCACUGGAAAAUAAAUCUUUGCUGAAGGAAACCUCUGGUGAAGGAGACCCUACAUAUCUCUGUAUCUCUCCAUAGGCUGCUUCAGAAUCUGAAUUGUUCCAACAUGAUCCUCCUGCUGUUUCUCACUCCUAGCUUGAUUCUUUGUGACACCAAUGUCACCAUGGAAUGGGAAGAUGCCCCACCUGCCAUAAGUCCACUUGUAGACAUGCAGAAGAAAAUUAAUGAUCUGUGGCUGAGUUUGCUGUACCCACAACUCUACGAGGAGAUAAUCACAGCCAACCGGACUGCCUAUGCUAGUUGUUCUGUAAAACCCAAUAGCAAAUUAGAGUCAGGCAAACCACAUGUGACAGGUCAGGUUCUGUUCAGGCAGUCCUACCCACAUGGACAAUUGGAGGUGAUUUUCCUCCUGGCUGGAUUUCCAACAGGCACAAACCUAUCUGGCAGAGCGAUUCAUAUUCAUCAGCAUGGAGACCUCAGCAAUGGCUGUGAUUCUGUUGGGGGACAUUACAACCCUUGGAAAGUCAAUCACCCUCACCAUCCUGGGGACUUUGGAAACUUCUACUCUAAAGAAGGCAAAAUUAAAAAAUUCAGAUCAAAUCUCAGAGCUACACUCUUUGGACCGCAGACCAUUCUGGGAAGAUCAGUGGUGAUCCAUGAGCAGGAAGAUGACCUAGGGAAGGGCAACAACCAAGCCAGCUUGGAGAACGGAAACGCUGGUAAACGUCUGGCGUGUUGUGUCAUCGGGACAUGUAACCACAACCUGUGGGAAAAGCACUUCCCUGAUGUUACAGCAAAAAGGAAGAAAAGGGUUAUAAAACAAGUACGGGCUGGCCAAGCAUAGCUGGAGGCCAGAAUCACAACCAAUAGGUUUUAUAUCUGCUGAGCUGGUUGCAAUAUCUGGUUCCCUCCUGAAAAUGUUAAGGUAGGCACCCCUGUUUUAGUGAAUUCCUGUCCUCUAGAAGCAGACGAAUAAAAAAGAGGAGCAGCACCAUCUUUCAAAGUUGAUGUUCAUGCUUUUGUGGGGGGAGGAGGGUUUAGCUCCAAAGGUUAGUCUUUAUGGGUUAAAAAAUACUAUAUGUUUUGCUGUGGACACUUUGCAUGAGCCUGUUUCUAGGAUGCUGUAUCUCUUGAAAACAUCUCAACAACAGCAACAACAAAAUCUGGAAGAAGAAAAAGAAAAAAAAAUAGAUGUCUUUGACUAAGGUGAUGGGCUGUAUUUCCUUGCCUCCCUAAAAUGCAUAAAUAUGUUUCUCUCCCAGCCUUUCCUCUUUGAGAAAGAUAGCUGGUAGAGAGUGAUAACGGCUUUUGCCUUAUUGCAUCAGAAAGGAGUUUGUCCAUGAUUUCUAUUUUAAACCUUCAGAUUGAUUAUUUUAUCCUUAUUGUAUUGGUCGGCUUGGUUUAAAAGCCUCUUUUAAGCUUCUUAACUUGUUUGAGUUAUCCACAAUGUCCCACGGUGUUCACAUUUGAAACUGGGUUUUUACAAGCAUAAUCUUGGAUUUUAGUAGUAUGUCAAAAAACCCAACAACACUAUUUGGAAAGCUUGGGACACAUCUGGUUAAAUUGGGCAAUACUGAUUAUGCAACAGAAAUCAGUCCUUUCCUUAUUCAUAUGCUCUUCUGAAGAUAUUCAAGUGCACAGCGUUACAGCUGAGAACAAACGACAUAUUCCAUUUCAAAGUUGUUUUCCUUUUUAGCAUUCUCAGAUACUAAGUUUCAGGAAAGCUAAUGCUAGGUCAGUUGCUAUCCAUUUAAAGGUGAUGGAUUUUGGUCCAUUAGAAGAUGAGCUGGAGUUUUGCCAGCACCUAUGCAAAUAAUUAAGAAUAUUUGAGAAAUGAAGUUUUGGCAGUACCAAUGCCUGUGUUUAUUCACUCUAAAACAGUGACAACGAGUUGCUCAGAAUGAAUAAACUGUAAUAAACUCUGUAAUUUUUUUUCCCCAUGGACUACCCUGGUGUGAUCCUCACAUUUUCAUUUUUUGUUAGUGAACAGUUAGAUUUCCAAAUUUUGCAUAAUAUGUUUGGAUGCUUGCAAAACUUUUAAUUAGUAGACCAGGUACUGCCUGCAUCCUCAAUUAAUCCACCAAAUGGAUCUAGCCAUAUAUGAAAGAGACCUAUGUAUUAGCAAAUGGCAAACAAGCUGCCUUUUCAAUAUGGCUACAAAAAAUCCAGAUGAUCAUUAGAUGGCACCAAGUUGGAAUUUUCCAUAUGUCUCUCCUUCCUGCCAGUGAUGGAUUUGUGCAGCCCAGAUGCGGUAGCCCUAUUUUUCAACAUGCAGGGGGAAAAAAUUGUUCAUCAGAACUUCCCCAGAUUAUUAUUUUAUCACCCUUGUGGCAGCCCCUUCAAACCAGCUUCUUAGAGUUCUUAGAGUCACUAUAAUAGACAAAAUAUAUACUGUAACAUAUUAUUUUAAUAAGAGGAUUGCAGAGAACCAAGGCAACAAAUAAAUGGUGUUUGCAUUUAGUGAACAUACUAAGCAAUAGCUGAAUUUUAAAAAUCAGUUGCAUAUUCAGACCUGCAGCUAAUUUAUUAAAAUAUACUCUUGAGAUUUCAGGGUUUAACAAACUCCUGGUAAAGAUUGCCUUGUACAUAGACUUAACCUCCAUUACCAAAAAUUAGGAUGGGGUUUGUGGUUUUUUUGGGGGGAGGCGGGGCAAAAAAGAUACUCUUUAUGACCUUCAAACAUUUGCAUGGAUGGAUCGAUCAGAUCUGGUUUUUUCCCCUUCAUAACUGCAUAUACAGUACGCUGACAUGUAUACAUAGAAAAGUAAAGCCUUUUUUGAGCUAAGCA